AUGUUCUCCGUUCUCAGACGCUACGUCAGAUAUCCAUUAAAGCCACACCAUAUCUUCAUCGGAAAUCUUUCUCUUCUGGAUCUGGGCCACUCACUUUGUCCCAAAACUUGGAUUCAUUUUACCACUCUUUUUGAAUCUACCCUCCUCCUUCUCAAUUUCCUUGGUGCACAGAGAAGUUUUGGCACUUACAAAUACCUCAUCAGCAUGUUCACAAUUCUUGGAAUGACUUUUUCGACGGUUGAAAUUUUGGUAUAUCCUAAUGUCCACAAUUUCAACGCCGGAUUUCUUUUCUUUAGUUUUGAAAAGACUCUGGGUAUGGUUGAUUCAUGGAAUCGGAAUGUACCAAUAACAUCGUAUACGUUCUUUCAUUCGGCAACAAUGGCUCUAUUGUCUGUGCAAUUUAUUCACAGAUAUUGGGCGGUUUUCGACAUCCACAAGCUCAAUUAUUUCAAAGGAGCCAACGCUUUGAUCUGGGUUGUCUAUUGCUCACUUUUCGGCUUCCAAUACUCACUAGGAUCCUCGUAUUUCUUCAACAGGGACAAUGUUUCUGAUGAAUACUUCCGGGAAGACAUGCAGAUCCGUUACAAUGCAAAUAUCUCUGAUCUACCAGCAAUGGCAAUUGUAGCCUACGAUCCUUCUGAUGGAUCCACUCGAUGGAGGAAUAAAAUGGGAAUUGGGAAUAUGUGUGUGGUUGUCAACUUUCUGUAUGGUGUCAUGGUCUUCUGUGGAUGGUCGAUGCAUACUAAAAUGGAGGAGAAGAUUCAGAAUUUUUCGGAAAUCUUAAGAAAACAUCACAAGCAAUUUUUCAAAACCCUCGUACUUCAGGUUCCGUCUAUUCAUGAGAUCACCGAAAAUGAACGUUUUUCAGAUUACAAUGCCAACCAUAAUACUGUUCAUUCCCAUUUGUAUCAUUAUGAUUCUUCCGCUUCUAAAUCUUAA